CUGACACACCUCGUCCCACCGCAAGAAUCCAAGAAGGGAGGGAGAGGGAGGGAGAGAGGAGAGAGAGACGCUUCCAUGGCUUUCGCCGUGGCCUCCAAGGGGGCUCCGCUGGCCGGCCUCCUCAAGAAGCUCCUCCUCGCCGCGCCGUCCUCCUCCGGGGCCGCGCCCGCCGCCGCCCUCGCGCUCCGCCCGGCGUCCGUCGCCACCGCCCGCCGCCUCUUCAACACCGGGGGCGCGCCGUUCCGCCGUGGCGACGACGACUACGAGGAGGAGUCCAGCGGCGACGAGGACGUCUUCUACGACCGCCGCCGCCGCGCGCGCGACUUCUCCACCCCCAUGUUCUUCUCUGCAGACGUGCUGGACCGGUUCGGCGAGCCGAUGAGGCUGGGCCGGCUGCUGGCGCUGAUGGAGGACGACGACGCGGCGGCGCCGAGGCGCGGGUGGUGGGUGUCGAAGGAGGACGACGACGCGGUGCAACUGAAGGUGGCGAUGCCGGGGCUGGGGAAGGAGCACGUGAAGGUGUGGGCGGACCAGGACGGCCUGAUGAUCAAGGGCGAGGGCACCGAGGACGACGACGACGAGGAGGAGGGCCCGGCGCGGUACAGCAGCCACAUCGGGCUCUCCUCGGACGCGUUCAAGAUGGACCAGAUCAAGGCGGAGAUGAAGGAUGGGUUGCUCAAGGUCACCGUGCCCAAGAUCAAGGUCGAGGACCGCAAGGACGUGUUCCAGGUGAUGGUCGAGUAGGGGAGGGGAUGGAACCCGGUCAGUCCAGAUCUCGUAGUUCAGUAGUAGCAGCGCGCAAGAACUAGUAGUAAUUUAGUGGAGUAGUUGAUGCCGAUGGAGAAGGUUGCGAACGAGAGGGAGACGUGUUUUUUGGUGGUGGUGAUUGUCUCGCGCCUGAAGAUGUCUGAGGCAGCCCGGUUUGCCUUUCAGUUCGUCCUGUUUUGGUUUCGUGAUGGUGGCGACUCCUGAUGAUCUUGCUAUGAACUUCUCAUGAGUAAUGGCGUAAGGGCAUCUAUCUGUGUUCCUGUGCUUGAGUUCUUGUGAAUUCUUGCAUUUCUCGUCGUUUGAGAACUCGUGCGCAAAUCUGAAUUUGAUGAUGGUUCAGACGUGCAGCAGCCUUGUUUACAUUUCUCUGUUGAUCCUGUUGAGUUUCUUUGAUGGAUGGUUACUUGA